AUGGCAAAAUUAUAUUUGGCUACACGAAAAUAUAGUAUGGCAAUAAAAAAUAUUCAACAAACAGUUGAAAUAGCUCAAGAAAAAUUACCUUCAACUCAUCCUCAUCUUUUGGAAUAUAAAGAAACAUUUGAAAAAAUUCGAAAAAUAACUCGACAACAAGAUUUCUAUGAUCAAUAUUCAUCAUCAUACAAUGAUUCACAUUAUUGGCAUGGAAAUAAUUCAAAUUCAUAUGAUUUUUAUGGUUCAACAUUCAUCUCAUACACUUUUACAACAAAAUGAAAUCUUGAAGAUUUUCGUGUUGAUGGUGCAUCAUUUCCACAACAAUUUUUUCUAACAAAAUCAAAUUAUACACUCGAAGCAAUUGCUGCUGCAGUAGCAAAGAAUAGUGAUACAUCAAAUUCAUUGAAACCCAAUGGUGAACAAUAUCUGAACGGUGCUAAACUUUAUACACAAGAAUUUAGUGUUUCAAGAAGAAUAGGUAUUGGUUUAGGUAUUGGUGGUGGUGUGAUUAAUUGUAUGCUUUAUAAUGUUGAUGAUGGUCAUCAAGAUGUUAUUUUUGAACGUUUUCAAGGUGUUAAACUAGAUGUUAUUGAAGAAGGAACUUAUUUUAUGAUUUCAUGGCUUCAUAGAGCAAUUAUAUUUGAUAUUCGUACACGACCACGAUCUGUUCCAUCAAUAACAGAAAUAAAAGAUUUACAAACAAUUAAUAUAACAUUACGUAUUCUUUAUCGAUCAAGAGCUGAACUUUUACCAAAAAUUUUUUGCAAUUUUAAAAUCUGUUGUACUAAGUCUCAAUUUGAUGCUAUUCAAUUGACUACACAACGUGCACUCAUUUCUCAACGUGUUAGUGAAUUAUUAACAGAACGUACUGCUCAAUUUGAGACUGAACAAAGUCGUCAAGCAAAUGUUAUUGCAGUAGAAGAUGAUGCUCGUGCAGCUGAUUUGAUUUGCAAAACUUUAGAUGAAGCUGGUGAUGAAAAAGAAGAUCAGAUCAACAAUUCUCUAGAUGUUAUUAAAGAUUCGAGUACGAUUGAAAUGAUGAAUUUCGCUAAUCUCUUUCGAUGUUUUAUAUUAACCCAAUCAUUUGUACGUGGUUGGGAAAAUCCAUUUCAUUUACAAGAAAUUUUUACCUAUCGACGUGAAAAAAUUGGUGUAACAGAUGAGUAUUUAGAACUUGUACCAGCUGGAAAUAAACAAAAAGAUAAUCAAAAUUAUAUAAAUGCUCGAUUUCGUUCACCACUUGCCAAUUAUUUACCACAUUUGGUUCCAUCUCAAGUAGCUACAGCUCAUUUUCAACUUGUUCUAUCACGUGAUCAUCGUUUUGGUAUUGAUUCAAUUCCAAUAGGAAUUUGUUAUGCUGGAACAGGUGAUCAUGGUUUUAGUGGACGAAGGUUAUUUACUACAGUCACAUUAAUUAAUCAAUAUCCUAUAGGUUCAAUUCUUCUCGAAAAUCCAUAUUAUGGUUUAAGAAAACCACCAGAUCAAUCUCGUUCAUCAUUAUUGUAUAUUACCGAUUUAUAA